AUCACACCAUAUGUACGCCCAUGUUUCUUCGUCACUCUGUACAUGCGACACUAGUGCUAGAAUCGCCUCCGGCAUUUUCACCCGUCUGGAUUCACACUCAUUCAAGUGUUCAACAGAGUUUAUUCGCGUAACAGACGCCUUCUUAAAAGGUCAUUCGUAUUAACGAAAGUGCCGAAAUGGUCGACGCACAUCUUGGAAAGAAAUAUAAGCUAGCUUCUAGCGAAAAUUUCGACGAAUUCAUGAAGGCUUUAGGUGUGGGUCUGGUUACUCGUAAAGUGGGCAAUGCCGUUUCCCCGGUGGUCGAAUUAACGAAAAACGACGAUGAAUACACUCUGAGUUCGUCAUCGACUUUCAAAAACGUCGUUUUGAAGUUUAAACCGGGAGUUGAGUUCGAUCAAGACACCCCUGAUGGGCGAAAAGUCAAAGCGACCAUCACCGUCGAUGGGAAUACUUUACACGAAGUCCAGAAGGACCCCAACAGUGGAAAAGAAACGGUCAUUGAUAGGACCUUCACCGAUGAUGAAGUCAAAAUGGUGAUGUCAGUCGAUAACAUCACAGCUACCAGAAUUUACAAGAUUCAAGCCUAAUUAUUUGUGUUAUUUCUGAACUGAUUACUUUAGUUUCUUGUUUUCGUAUUCACUUGUAUAAGUAAAUAAUAUCGUAUCGAAGUAAA